AUGACUGUGGAGGAUGUGGUUUUAAACAUUCUGUUUAAGGGGUUUCUGGCUGAGGUCGGAGACAUAGCUAUCAAAAGGCUAAGCAGGAGGUCAUCACAAGGACUAGAGGAGUUCAUGAAUGAAUUGAAACUAAUUGCAAAACUACAGCACAAAAAUCUUGUCAGCCUCUUAGGAUGUUGUGUUGAAGGAGAGGAGAAGAUUCUAAUCUAUAUGUCCAAUUGCAGUUUGGACAAAUUUCUGUUUGACCCGUCGUUGAAGGUUUCACUCAAUUGGGGUACACGUUUUGGGAUAAUAGAAGGAAUUUCUCAAGGAAUGCUUUACCUACACAAGUACUCAAGAUUAAAAGUCAUUCACAGGGACUUGAAAGCAAGCAACAUUCUUCUAGAUAACGAGAUGAUCCCCAAAAUAUCAGACUUUGGAAUGGCAAGGAUUUUCGUAUAUGGCGAGUUUUCGGAGAAAUCUGAUGUGUUUAGCUUCGGAGUGUUGCUGUUAGAAAUUCUGAGCGGUCAGCGUAACUCAGACUUUCUCAUGACUGAAAUUUCCGCGUCCCUCUUAGGAUGGGCAUGGAAUAAGUGGAAAGAAGGAAGAAUAUUGGAGUUGAUUGAUCCAUCUGUAAGAGAAACCUGUGACAGUAACAAAGCGACAAGUUGUAUUCUGGUUGCGCUUCUUUGUGUUCAAGAGAUUCCAAUUGACCGGCCAACAAUGCCUGAUAUAGUUGUUAUGUUAAGCAAUGAAACGAUGCUCAUCCCUGAACCAAAAGAACCUGCUUUUCGCAGCAGCUGGCAAGCUCCGCAGUUAACUGAUGUAUCCAUAAAUGAGAUGACAGUUACCUUGCCGAAACCUCGAUGA